AUCUUUGAUCCCAAACAACUUCCAGCUCCUUACGAAAGUGCCCUAAACAGGCUGCAACAGUGAAUCCUAUCUCAUACACCCUGUGCAGUGGACUCCUGUGGACCCCUGGACUCCUGUGGACCCCUGACUGACCCACUGAAGCGCUGUCCGUUACAGCAGGUUGUUCUCCAGCUACGGAGUAGUGACUCAGCGCCUGGAUCCAACAUGACAACUCUGGUCCAUGAGAGUGUAAAGAAAUAUUACAGCUCUCUGGAGUCUUCAGCUGGUUUACAGACGAGUGCCGCGUGUUCUGCUUUAUCUCGGCCGCUGUCUCCGAGCGUAAAGCAAGCUCUCACAGGUGUUCAUCCAGAGGUGUGCAAAAGGUUCUUUGGCUGUGGUCUGGUGGCUCCAGAGAAGCUGAAAGGAUGUUCGGUUCUGGAUUUGGGAAGCGGAUUGGGGCGGGACUGCUAUGUCCUCAGCAAACUGGUGGGAGAAGAUGGACAUGUCACUGGCAUUGACAUGACUGAGGAUCUGGUACAAGAAUCAAGGAAAUACAUCGGCUACCACCAGGAGCAUUACGGCUAUGCCCAGCCAAACACCGAGUUUGUGCACGGAUACAUGGAGAAGCUCAGUGAUGCAGGGAUACAGGACGACUCUCUGGACAUAGUGGUAUCGAACUGUGUGGUUUGUCUUUGUCCAGACAAGAGGGCUGUUCUCAGUGAGGCUUACAAAGUACUCAAGGUCGGGGGUGAACUGUAUUUCAGUGAUAUGUACGCGAGCGAGGUAGUUCCUGAGUCUUUCAAACUGGAUCCAGUGCUUUGGGGUGAAGGAAUGGGCGGCGCCCUCUACUGGCAUGAUUUCAUCUCCAUCAUGAAGGACCUGGGUUUCAGUACGCCUCGUCUGGUUGCAGCGAGUCAUAUUGAUGUGCACGAUCCAGAGCUCAAAAGGAAAGCAGGUGAUAUUAAAUAUGCCUCAGGAACCUACCGUGCCUUUAAAUUGCCCCAACACUCCAUUCAAACCAAAGCACUGGUCACGUACAAGGGGACGGUUCCAGACUUUGCAGAGUGUUUUCAGCUUGAUGCUUCAAACUCCUUUAAGGUAAAUGUAUCUGUCGAGGUGGAUGCUGAGAUUGCAGCGAUCCUCCAGUACUCACGUUUCUCACCAGACUUCAUCGUCCAGAUGACAGACAAGCCUGAUCCUAGCCUCAGCUCUGCUCAGCAGUACUGCCACCUGAGCCCGUUCAUGCUGGCAGACAGACUGGGCUCUUCUGUGAAGCAGUGCUCGAAGACGGGCGUGGCAGCUGGAAGCUGUGGGUAAUGAGGAAAAGUGCAUCGUGUUUGUUCACCAUGGGAUUAAAAGCUCUGCGUCGAACAGAAACACACUGGAUUCAGAAGUGGAAACUGAGGCCUUUGUGUGUGUGUGUGUGUGUGUGUGUGUGUGUGUGUGUGUGUGUGUGUGUGUGUGUGUGUGUGUGUGUGUUUUGUGAUAUUUGA